AUGGCCGCCGUCAUGGAUUUGGAUCUCAACUGCGCGCCGCCGUCGCCGGAGCCCGCGCCCCAGGACCACCGCCUCGGCCACGCAAUGCUCCGCCAAGAACACGCCUACCGCCACCAGGUCGAGGACCUGCAUAGGCUGUAUUGGGCGCACAGGAAUCUCAGGCCUGAUGUGCCCUUCUGGGAGCAAUCCCAUGAUGUCCUCUAUCCCACCCAUUCCAUGCCCAUGGCUACUUCCUCCCAAUCCCACAUGAUUGAUCCGGAUCUGCUGGGUGCUUCUUCUCAUGAGCUACGAGGCAAGCAGGCCAUUUGGUGUGGCAAUGGGGUUGCAGGGAAUUUGGGCGCCGAGGGUUCUUCAGUCAGGAGGAAGCCUGAUCAUGGUGGUGGUGUGCAGGGGAGGUCUGGUUACCGUCGCAUGAUCGAUCUAGAGAAACCAGCGACAUCAGAGGACGACGAUGAUGAUGUGGAGAUCUUAUCUCCUGCUCGGUUCAGUGACUAUGCCAAGCGCAAUGCUGGGUUUGUGGAUAAUUCUCAGUGUUAUCCAAGGGAGAAUGCUGCCCAUGUUCGUUUCGGUUCAACUGGAUCUAGUGAUACCCCAGACAGUCAUUCGCCAGUCAAAGCAAAGGCUACCGCAUCUGGACGCAUGCUUAUCGACCUGAAUAUAGCUCAAGAAGAUGAUUUAAAUGUUUGCCCUGAUUCUUCCAAAAACGUGUUUGGUUCUCUUUUGGCUAGUUCAAGAACAAUGCAAUCAGGAGAAGGUUGCAGCAACUCCAGCAAAGCAUUCCACAUUGGGGGUGAAUCUAGCAUUGGAUCCUCAAAAGGGUCUUCGAUCACAGUUGCGGCAUCAAUGUCGGCCCCAGACAGCACAAGGGAAGUGAUGGCCAGAGGUAUUUGUGACCCACAGAGCAGUUCUAAGCCUUUCCGCGUGGAAGCUUCAAAUCAUGACGUGCGUCUCAGAGGAAAUAUCCAGCAUCAACAUACACUAGAUAAUGUCUCUGGAAUGAGUUCUCAGGCCUCUAUGGAAAUUCCGCGCGAAGAGAUAUCAGUUAGGGCGAGCGGUCGACAUUCUUCUUCUUCUUCAGAUUUACAAAAAACAGCACAAACAGCUGUGUAUAGGGAAUGCCAAGAGGAGAGUCUAGCAGUAAUCUGUGAUGAUGAAAUGGAGGGUUUUGACUUGAAUGUGUCAGUUGGAAGCAUCGAGCUCCCAUCGAUGAUGGAUAGCAGUCCCAGAGAGAAACAUGCAAGUAGUGAUGGUGUUGACAAACUUCUAAGUCAUUACUUUACUGCGGAUAAGGUCCAGGAAAACAUUUCUUCCCUUGAAUGUCCAACUAUCAUAGACCAACAACAAAUGGCUGAGAGUAUGGACGGUAAGAGCGUACAGUCGCCAGACUCCGGAGUUGCAACAAACAGAUCGAUGUCGAUUCCAGAAACUCCUCAAGGUCGUGACUACGCUUGUCCAAGAUUGAGACCAUCAAGUAACGGAGAAUCAAAUUCUAUGAACGCGCCCAUCACAUAUCAAGUUGUGACAGAAGAUGAGUUACUAGCGUCCACAGCAGCUCAGACACUCGUUUCCUUAUUCACGGAUAGCGCUGCAUGGAUCACAGACAGCCAUUGCAGCAACAACCAGGCAGAUGCUCAGGAUGGAGGCGAUGAACCGCAGGUUUCGCUGGACUCUUUCGAGGAAGGCGUGAUGAACCUAGAGGCUCUGAGAGACGAUGGGGAUUCAGUCGCCGUGAGAGCGCCGGACAAGGACGGGCCUUCGUGUGGGAUCAAGCUGAGGAGAGGGAGGGGAAUGAGAGACUUCCAGAGAGAGAUAUUGCCCGGGCUGGUCUCCCUCGCGAGGCACGAGAUAUGCGAUGACUUGCAUGCUAUAGGGUAUGAGAUCAGGAAGACUAGGCAGAGAAGGGCGCCCAGGGACAAGUACGGCCCGUCGACCCGGUCAAGGCUGCCUCGGCGUUGCUCGAAUGCAUGGAACUACUGA